GUCACGCGUUUCCUGGCUCUUCCUGGUGACGGGCGGAGGGGCGUGAGCAGCUGGGGGUGCAGGUUCGGGUGAAGGUGUGUGGCCUGGCGGGAGGAGGAUGGCUCCGUCUGGGGAGUGAUUCUACGGGGAGCGGCUGUUGCAGUCCUUGAGAGCGCCGAAGGGCAGACUUCCUGAUGAAGACAGAAGCUCCUUAUCUGGUCCUGUGUGAGCGACAGUUUCCUAUGCCAUGAGUAACACUACCCUGCCCACCUCCCCUGAGCCAACCAGCGACUCUUUGGUGGGCUAUGUUCUGGUGCCGUUUUUCCUUAUCACUGUGGUUGGGAUCAUCAUGGCUGUGAUAAUGUAUAUUCAGAAGAAGAGGAGAUAUGACCGGCUACGUCAUCACUUGCUGCCAAUGUAUAGCUAUGAUCCUGCGGAGGAAUUGCAUGAAGCAGAACAAGAGCUCCUGGUGGAUCCAGAGGACACAAAGGUGAUGCGAGGAUGGGGAGGAUACCAGCCCUGCCGGGCUGCACUGACAGAUGUGAAGGCUUAAUGCAACUUAAAGAGUUCAACAAGAAGGCUUGGGGAAGAUGAUCUUGCCCAUCUGGUAUGCAUGUCAAAUCGAAGUGCUCCUGUUGACUCUGAACCCUCUGCAUUUGUUUCCCACUUCACUACUGUAUCCCCUUUGCCUUGGCUCCUGGUGAAAGAAGGCAAGUGAGUGCCUGCUCUGCUGGGUUCCAACACAGGUGCCACAGAGCACUUCGCAAACAGAGAGCAGCCUAGGAAGCUGGAGUCUUGCAUGCUUGGGUUUGGAAUGGUUUUACAAGGCACGAGAACACCUCCUCUUGGUUUGCAUUUGGGAUGGAUGCAGGGUAGAUGCUGCCACUUCAGGGAGAAUACCUCUGAAUGGCUCUUAUAGUAAGGGCUGUAACUCCUCAAACGCUCAGCUCCCCCCCAAUGCAAAAGAUACAGCUGCAAAGACAGUGUAAUGCAUUUGCUAGUUGCCCCUGCACCUCAUCUUGCUGCCUACUUACCUAUGCUCAUAAUGAGCGUUAUCACUUAGCUGUUGGGUUCCCAUGAUGUGCCCCUUUGUGGAUCCAGGGAAAGCAAAGACAAAUAGUGAGAUUGCCAGUUCAAGCACAUGGGUGAAGCAGUCUAAUGUCCUUUUUCCCUGUGAUGCAGAUCAGUGGGGGUGGUGGGUGAGGGCCAAGAUGUACAUGCAGUGAGCAUUGAACACAUGCCCAGCUGCCAGAAGGGGCCUUAAGGUAUUUGUGAGGAGGAGUUUCCUCCAGCAAGGUGCUUCUUUCUAUGAUGUUGACUUUUGUAUUUGAUGGGAACUUGCCUGUACAUUUUGUAAAUAAAAUAAGCCAUG